AAGCUAGGCACAUACGGAAGGCACUGAAGCAGUCCACCUCAACCAGCGACACCGACACUUCAACCGCCCGUCAAACGCCGUCACUCGUCGCGGCCACGCCUCUGCCUCCUUCACCGAGUAAUCAUCGGACGAAUUCCAGACUCCAGAUCAUAUAGUCAUUCGUAUUCCGGCUCCUCUUAACCGGGUGCACUGUGUCUGUACACACGCCGCCAUCGCCUCUCGGGGCAGGUUGGUCACUGACGGUGGGACAGGAGCAGACGGACGACUGAGUGGGAAGAACAAAGGGAAAAAGAACCGUCGCGAAGCCCUGAUCUCUACAUCGCACACGAGGGGGCUACAACACGUUCGUCCAUGCCUAGCUCACCGCGACUCCCGCCAUCUAAAAUUCCCGAGCUUGAUACGGCCCAAGGCGAUAACGACCAAGACAACUCCUCCGCAAUGAAAUGCUCUUUGCCACCUCACAAGUCUGCCAUUGGCUUCAACUCCUACGGCGACUAUGAGACGCACUACCUCCAAUUCCACACAAAUCGCUGUCUAGAAUGCAGCAAGAACUUUCCGUCCGACCACCUUCUCGGCGUCCACAUUGAGGAAUGGCACGAUCCCCUCGUAAGGGUCCGCAGGGACAAGGGCGAACACACGUAUUCUUGCUUCGUCGAGGACUGUGAUCGGAAAUGCUUGACACACCAGAAGCGGAGGAUGCACAUGAUUGACAAGCACAUGUACCCCAAGAAUUUCUUCUUUUCCGUCACCAAAGACGGCAUCGAUGGUAGACGGAGCCUGUUGGUCGACCACGGCCAUCACCGACGUAGGUCCUCUGCGACUAUCCAGUCCAAAGAAACGCGACGUCGCGCCAGCACCAUCGAUGAUGCACAAACAGAGACCACCUCAGAGCACAUCUCCACUAUCGGUGAGGACAAGGGUUCAGAAGGGAACUCCAAACAAUCGCAGGAUGCAGAUAUGGCCGACCUUACCGGCGCCAUGUCUGCGUUGCAAUUUGUCCCGCCCAGUGUUCGCUUCGGCCGUGGUCGGGCGGGCUUUGCCAAAAGAUAGGGCAACAGGUGCAGAGGCUGCAUUGGCAUUGGCGGCCAAGGUCAGCACGAGAUAUGAUGUAAUGACGCAUGACCAGGUGAAGAAUGUUCGAGCUCUGCAAUCGGCCCCUGGCAAUCUUUUGGAAUCAUCGCGCAUGCCCGCUCAAAUAUGAACGCCGUGUCUGUCAUCCGAGCU